UCGUUUGGUUCCGCUGCUGCUGCUGCUAGCCUGCUAAGGUUACGGAAGAGCAAGCGAAUUCGCACUGGUUGCUUGGUUAGCUACCUUGUUAGGCUCCCAGUUCAUCCGGUGAUCUUCGCAGAUUUCCUUGUUGUGGCACCCUAGGUAGUGUUAGGUUCACCCUAGGUAUGAUUCAUCUGUGGCGAGUGGCGACAGGGCACCAGAGCAAUUGGAUAGUUUCACGGUUUCACCUGAUUAGCUAGAAUUUUUUUUUGAACUAUGAUUAUUGCUUGGAGUAUUUAAUACAUCCCGUUAGAACCAAUUCUUUCAACUAUCGCGUGGGCGGGGCAGCAUGAUAAUUAUAGACUAAUUUAGGCUAGUAGCAUUCUUGUGCAUUUAUAUCCGCAUAAUAUACUGAAUGGCCGUCGAACACUGGGCUGCCUCCUUAUGCGAUGCCUUUGACGGUGUUUCUUGAUGAUCGGUGAAGAAACCAGAUUGAGCAUUGAACUGCAUUCCGCCUCCCCUUUAGGUAGCCCAGAAGCUACUAAUGGUGCUCCGCAAGGCGCAAAGGAGCAGGAAGACAUAAGAGGGGAAGCGGCUGUCCCGACCUCUCAACCGGUGAGGGAGGAGCUGGUUCAGAACGCCGUUACUUUUCUGGGACACCCGAAAGUCGUGGCCUCUUCUGAUGUCCAGAGGCGUUCCUUCCUGGAAAAUAAAGGGCUCACCGUGGACGAAAUCGAAGAAGCAUUUCGACGUUUACUUAGCCCACCUUCAAACUCUACAAAUUCAAACAUGUGUGAAUCUCAAGGAAGUCCUGACCCUGAAACUGUAACCCCUGUGGUGCCCCAGCACCCAAAAUCAUAUAUGGAGGUUAUGGAAAUGAUACAAAGGGGAGAGCGGCCAGAUGAUAUCCAGGAUAUUAAUGAUGAGCCACCAAACCCUGAUCAGCCAAUCUCGAAGCCCCGUAUGGCACCCAAGCCCAAGCCGUGGGAGAAGCAAGGCCAACAAAGUUCCGGCCUGGACCUGAAAGCUCACACAAGCGACCCUGGCGAAUCGACAUCGGGAGUUCGAACCAACAGCACCAGCCAGGCCACGGGAUCAAACAACAGCCCCGGUCACGGGGACUUGAUGCUGACGGCAGAGCCAGCUACAGGCUCCGAAGCCCGCGUGGACGACGUUGAUGCCUCGCCGGAGCAGUAACUCUGGAAACGCAUAGACGAACAGCAGCGGGAUCAGGACAUGAUGUGAAUCAGCGUCGACCUGAUGCUGGUUCAGAUUCCAGCACCACAUUGCUGUAUCUCCCAGGAUUAUCAGAAACUGGUUUAGUUUAGGGGGGCAGCGGCAUCCUUUGGAAGCUGGGAUAGGAUUAUUGCUGGAAAUGAGGACCUUACUUGUUGACACAUUAUCUCUAAUGUUAAGAAAGCACAACCGGUUAGUGUGAUCA